GAUACCGGAAGUGGGUGGAGGUAAUAUGGAGGCGGUUCCGGCAGGCCCCGGCGGCUGGAAGCCGGGGCGGACGCGCGGGUCCGGGUCGGGGUUCCGUCCCCGUCCCGCCGAGGUAGCGACUGCGGCAGGAGCAGGGACGUGCUGGACGCGCUGGCCCCCCGCCGGUCAACGCUGCAGCCUCAUCUCAGCUCAAGAUGAACUACAUGCCUGGCACCGCCAGCCUCAUCGAGGACAUUGACAAAAAGCACUUGGUCCUGCUUCGAGAUGGAAGGACACUUAUAGGCUUUCUAAGAAGCAUUGAUCAAUUUGCUAACUUAGUGCUGCAUCAGACUGUGGAACGCAUUCACGUGGGCAGAAAGUACGGAGAUAUUCCUCGAGGGAUUUUUGUGGUCAGAGGAGAAAAUGUGGUCCUACUAGGAGAAAUAGACUUGGAGAAGGAGAGUGACACACCCCUGCAGCAAGUGUCCAUUGAAGAAAUCCUGGAAGAGCAAAGGGUGGAACAGCAGGCCAGGCUGGAGGCAGAGAGGCUGAAAGCUCAGGCUCUGAAGGAUCGAGGCCUCUGCAUUCCUCGAGCAGAUACACUAGAUGAGUAUUAAGUCUUUUGCUCAGAGGCUGCUGCUCUUGGAGAGCAAGGGCUGUCACUGCCAAAUGAAAGUGACGUCCUGGUCACCUCACACAUUUGUCCAGGACUGCAGAGUUAUGAAAAGUCAUUUUUAUUUUUAAUUCUUUCACAUAUGCAACAUGAAGAAAUCAUAUGGUUUUUUGUUUUUGCUAUUUUUUAAAUAACAAGAUCAUUGUUUAAAGAAACAGUGGCAUGGACUCCUUUUACACGUCACUGUGGGUCCAGCAACUAUUUCUUAAUAUUGUUUUUCUUAUCCCAAAUUAGAGUUUACAGGGGACAUUCUUCAUGUACUUGUAAAUAAAAUAUGAGCCUCAGAACUGUCAUGUUAUUUCCCAAGUUUGAGUUGCCUCUAAUGAACAGGAAAUAUUCAGUUUCUCCUCUGAGAAGGGUACCUCUGAGAGCAAAGGCACCCCACACACUGGGAUCCCCCCUUCAUCACCAGUCCAAGUAGCUGACUACUUAGGAAGAAAUUUUUUUUCUUUUUUGCUUUUUAAGCCAGUCAAAUUUAGCAAUGGGGGGUUAAAUCCAACUUUAAUGAUGUUAAUGUUAAAAAGUUCUGUUAACUUACUACCAAUGGACCAGCCUGGAAGAAUAUUUUCAUACUAAUUAUCUUGGGGGUCCUCCCCUCUCCCCUUUCCAUCUCUGUAUCUUAUAAGAAACACAAACUUUCAGGCAUGAGGAGGGAGCUUUCAGUUAAGUUUUCCAGUGGCAGGUUACAGCAGAAGCCUCAUCUCCACUGCUCUUGCUUCACCCACAGCCACUCCACACAGGUUCCCGUGAGAGUCAACACGUGCCUAAGGCAGCUUGGCUUCACUCAGUUAGUUAGGUUUUCUAGUGCUUGAGCCUCUUGUCCUCUGAUCAUCAAAAAGGAGCAUAAAUGGAGUCGUAGUGACUGACAACUUACGGUGAUGCCACUUUGUUGGUGUGAUUGUUGAGUAGUGACUGCAUAGUAAGUCUAACAGAAAGUAGUGUGGUUUAGCAGAGAGAAGACUGAACUAGUAGUUAGUAUAAAAUUGGCUCAUUGGCAUGUUAGGAUUGAGUAGGUCAGUCCUCCUCUCUGAUUCUCAGUAAUAACUAUAAUUAUUCCAGAUAUUUCCUUCUUAUAGUCUGUUGAGCAAAGAUGUUCUUUUCAUAAGAUAUUUGUUUCUAGUUUGUAUGUGAAUUAUUUUAUAGUAUUAAAUAUACUUAACAUUUUA